GGAACAAAGAAUUCAAGCUCGCUUCUUUGGUUACGGUUUGGAAUCGAGGAAGAGAAGCGGUGCGGCAGCUGCGGUGGCGAUGAAGGGCGUCGGACGAUUGUUAAGGAAAGUUUCUUCCUGUCAAGCAUACCAAUCCUUCGCCGGGAAUACUACAAUCACUUCCCGUUUAAUCACUUGCCGCUUCAUUUUUGCUUCGUCGGCGACAUCAAGUCCUUCGUUUCUGGUAAACGGACGGCGAGAUUUUGCCGGUUCUUCCCAUCCCGAGUCUGUGAGAUCUUCUUUGCUUCCUCAAAAAUGGAUCAAUUUCAUAGGGCAGAGGAGGACCAUGUUUAUUCAAACUCAAUCCACUCCUAAUCCUUCUUCUCUGAUGUUUUAUCCCGGGAAGCCGGUUAUGGAAAUUGGUAGUUCAGAUUUCCCCAAUGCUCGUUCAGCGAUGAAUUCUCCAUUGGCAAAAGCCUUAUUCGGAAUUGAUGGUGUUACUCGAGUUUUCUUUGGAUCUGAUUUUGUCACGGUAACAAAGUCAGAUGAUUUCUCCUGGGAUCUCCUCAAGCCUGAAAUUUUUGCAGCAAUUAUGGACUUCUAUACUUCUGGGCAGUCACUGUUUCUGGACUCAAAAGCUGCAGCAGCCAUGGACACUGCUAUUCAUGAAGAUGACUCAGAGACUGUUGCAAUGAUCAAAGAGCUGCUGGAAACUCGCAUUCGACCAGCAGUGCAAGAUGAUGGUGGGGACAUAGAGUAUCGAGGAUUUGAUCUAGACACUGGAAUAGUUAAAUUGAGAAUGCAAGGAGCAUGCAGUGGUUGCCCAAGCUCAUCUGUGACUUUGAAAUCUGGCAUUGAAAACAUGCUGAUGCAUUAUGUUCCAGAGGUCAAAGGUGUAGAGCAAGAUUUAGAAACUGAAGAUGAGGAGGCAGCAUUGAGUGGUCAGAUGGAGUAGUUAAAGUUAUAGCAGUUUUCAUUUACCAAUCAGAUAUGCAGUGUGCUCGAGCAGGAUAUAUGUUGCCUCCUUCCUGUGGAGGAGCAAAUAAAUUUUGCAGGUCAAUUCAUUGUGUAGUGUUUCAUUGCUGUAAUUGUUGCAAUUAUAUGUACGAGUACAUGUUGGCGGUAUAAACGUUGUAGUAUGGUCUAUUUACCAUAUUUGCCUUAAAGCUAAUUAAUUUUAAGAUUUCAAGCUAAUUUUUGUUGCUGCUGGCUUCAACAAUGAUAAACUGGCGAGAAUGAAAAGAAAAAUUACAG